ACAAUCUUCAAGACGCGCUAACGAACCUGCCGGUCAGUCGUCGCCAUGGCAUCAACCGGUGUAGUGGGACUUUUUGUCUGCCUGCUGGCAGUUCUGUCGUCGGGCUUGGUCCAGGCCAAGCUAACACGGUACGACAACUACCGUGUGUAUAAGCUCUCCAUCGAGCGCGUAGAACAGUUGGAGUUGCUGCAACUCAUCGAACAGUUCCCGGAUGGCUAUGCGUUCCUCAGUGAUCCGGUCCAUCUGAACUCCACCGUGAAGCUGGUCGUCCCACCACACAAACUGGGAGAGUUUGAAGAGCUCAACAGCAAGUACUCGUUGAAGGGUGAGAUUGCCUUCCCGAACCUACAGACCGUGAUCGAUGGACAGCUGCGAGGACGCCGUGAAACGUUCGGCUGGACUGCGUACCAUCCGCUGGAGGACAUCUACGCCUGGUUGGACACACUGGUCGAGCAGUACCCGGAUGUCGUUACGCCGAUCGUCGUUGGGGAGACUUACGAAGGUCGUCAGAUUCGUGGUGUGAAGGUGUCGUACAAGGAAGGCAAUCCAGCCGUCUUUACCGAGGGCACCAUACACGCCCGGGAAUGGAUCAGUGCCGCAACCGUAACGUUUGUGCUGAACGAGUUGCUCACCUCGCAGGAUGGGGCUGUACGCAACGCGGCCGAGAAUUACGACUGGUACGUGGUACCGGUGGCCAAUCCGGACGGAUAUGUCUACACGCACACCACAACGCGGCUGUGGAGAAAAACUCGCUCCCGUCAGAAUGUGCUGUGCUACGGUGUUGAUCCUAACCGCAACUGGGACUACAAGUUUAACCAGGGUGGUACCUCAACGAUUCCCUGCUCGGACACCUUCUCCGGACCUGCACCGUUUUCGGAGAUUGAAACCCGCACCCUGUCGGCGUACAUUGCCACAAUUCCAAACCUCUCUACCUAUCUCGAUUUCCACUCGUCCGGUCAGCUGUUGAUGGUACCUUACGGACACACGCGAGAACCGCUCGAUAACUACUACGAACUGAUGGAAAUUGGAACAAAGGCUGCUGUAAAGCUGGAGCAGCGCCACGGCAGUCGCUAUCAGGUUGGAAACAUUGCCGAGAUUAUCUACGUUGCUUCCGGUAGCAGUUUGGAUUGGGUGAAAGGUACUCUUCAAACUCCGCUAACGUUCGCCUACGAGCUGCGUGAUACUGGUGAGUAUGGAUUCUUGCUGCCACCGGAGCAGAUCAUCCCAACCGCCGAGGAGACGCUCGACUCGAUCAUCGUGAUCUUGGAAGAAGGCAAAGUGUUGGGAUACCAUUGAACUUAAACGUUCCACUGUAGAUUGAAUAAAGUCCUGCAGUUCCUCCACUA